AUGGACGGCUCAACAGCGCUUGACGGGCUGCCGUUCUCUGGGAAUUUCCAAGACCCCAGGGACACCGAGCUGUCGGAUUACGAUCGGGAACGCAAGCCACACAAAGCCCACAACGACCAGUCGGCCCCGAUCAAAAUGACGGUGCGCACGCUUCAGAACGAGCUGCUGUGCCCGAUUUGUCUCGAUUUGCUGACGAAGACGAUGACGACAAAGGAAUGCUUGCAUCGAUUCUGCCAAGAAUGCAUCACCACAGCGCUACAACGGGGCAACAAAGAGUGUCCAACGUGCCGGAAAAAGCUCGUCUCGAAGCGAUCGCUGCGCCCGGAUCCGAAUUUCGAUCGCCUGAUUGAGAAGAUUUGGCCCGAUCGCAAAAUCUACGAUGACAUGCAGAGCAAGCAGGCCGAGAUUUUCACCCAGCACUCGAGCAUGGACGCGCUGAGAGAAGGCAUUUUUGACGGUGUCAAAGCCCAGGCGGUUCACCGUAGGCAACGAGUGCCCGGCAGCUAUGAUGUUGGCGAUAUUCCGGAGGGUCGUGGCAAGAAGCGCAAGAAGGAGGGCGAGAUCAAGCACGAACCGGCUGAGAAUGGAGACCGAGAUGGCUCCCCAACCUCCUCGAGCCACCACGGACACGACGGCGGCCAGAUGAACGGGGAACAUGGCGAAAACGGAACUCCUACCCAGAAUGGUCACGGAGAGGGCGCGAAUCCGGAAGAGCCCAGCUUGACGCAACCGCAAAGCCAUGUGGAAGAGGUGUACGAUGAGCAUGACUACAAGAUGUGGGUCGAGUUCGCCGAAGAAGAGAAAGUCGAGGAGAUCCCGAACAAUGUUGGCCCCAACGGGAUCGAUUUGGACCUCUACUCUGACAACUCCACCUUCACCACCGAUUCCAACACCUCGUACAGCAGCAAUUUGACCGUUUCCUCGGUUCACGAAAGCCCGCCCCCGCCACCCCCGCCGAUGAAGCCGGAGACAAGCGGAAUCAGAAAUCGGGACUCCACGCCACUUCCACCUUCCCCUGACAAGUCCGAAUCUGAGGCACGGAUACCAGCUUGGCUCGACGAAUCUUCGACGGGACCGCCGACGCCCGAUGAAUCCGGGCACGAGCUCGUCAGAAAUACUGAGGAUGACCUACUUGAAGUGACGGAGCAAGACCCUGAAAUCGAGAUCGAGCUCCUCCCCGCAGGCUCCUUAUCGAAGCGCAGUUGCGUGAAGCCCAUGCUGUUGCCAAGAUAUUUGAAGACACGAUACGACACUACGAUGUCCCACCUCGCGGAUUAUCUACACGCCCAAGUCAUCGACGACACCACUGCUUUCAUGCUGCAAACGGCGACGCCCGAGGAUAAGGAGCGUGUGAUCGCCAGUAUCGAGCGACCGGAGUAUUUUUAUGUAUUGAACAGCCAAUCCGGCCAUCACAUCAAACGCAUCUUCCUCCACGAAACGAUCCACGUCGCCCACGGAUCGGCCACCCGAAACGAGCACCUGAUGAUAUUUUUCGACACUAAAGCCCAGCUGAGGUGCUGCUCGGAGAAGAAUUUGCUAGAGGCCAUCGUCCCGAAGCUCUACCUCGACCAACCUGCUACUAGCUUU